GGAGACGGACCCGUGUUGACUGCGACGCUCAGGCGGCGAUUGUGUUGGAUUCCGGGAGGAUGGACGACCUGGGCUGCCCGAGAUGUAAGACCACGAAGUACCGCAACCCGUCCCUCAAGCUGAUGGUCAAUGUGUGCGGCCACACGCUAUGUGAAAGCUGCGUGGAGCUCCUGUUUGCGAGGGGGUCCGGCACCUGUCAGGAGUGCAAUACGCCUCUGAGGAAGAGCAACUUUAAGGUCCAACUCUUUGAAGACCCCACCAUCGACAAAGAAGUGGAGAUUCGGAAGAAAAUUCUAAAAAUAUAUAAUAAACGCGAGGAAGACUUCCCGUCGCUGAGAGACUACAAUAACUUCCUGGAAGAAAUUGAAGAAAUCGUAUACAACUUGACCAAUAAUGUGGAUCUUGAGUUGACUCGCCGAAAAAUAGAAUCGUACCAAAAGGAGAACAAAGAUACCAUCCAAAGGAACAAAAUCAAAAUGACCAGAGAACAGGAGGAAUUGGAGGAGGCUUUGGAAAUCGAGAAGCAGGAGAACGAACAAAGGAGGCUCCAUCUGCAGAAAGAAGAACAGCUCCAGCAGAUGUUGAAGCGAAAGAACAAGCAGGAGCUUCUGGAUCAGCUGGAGACGUCCCACCUCCCAGCAUCUAUUCUCUUGGCUCAACACAAAGGCAAAUCCGCCCAACUAGAACUUCAGAUGGAAAAACCCAGGCCGUUAAAGACCGUUACGUUCUCCACCGGCAUCAAAAUGGGUCAGCAUAUCUCUUCUGUGACGAUCCCAAAGCUGGAGGAAGUAUUAUAUCAGUACCAGCCUCUUCAUAUAGAGACGUACGGACCAUCAGUUCCACAGAUAGAAGUGCUGGGUAGACAGGGAUUCCUAAACCACGUUCGAGCGACCGCUUCGCAGGAUGUGGCUGGAGGCUACACUUCCUCUCUCGCGUGUCACCGGGCGCUGCAGGAUGCCUUCAGUGGCCUAUUUUGGCAGCCGCAGUAGCCCAAGCGGACGUUGGCACGGACCCAGCCUCCAACGCAAGCAAAUCUGGUAAAAUUACUGCCAUCUGCACCACGGCCACUUUAAUAAUGACAGCUGUGUUUAAAGGCAAGAAAAAAAGAAGGGAAAGGGGUGUUUUUUUGGGGGAAAAGUGCAUAAAACCAAUAUAUUUUUCGGGGAACACGUUACCGCUGUGAACAACUGAAACAACAAGGCAAGUCUGAUGGCGAAACUGAAUCAUUCCAUUUAUAUCAUCUGGGUUUCUCCGAGAAGCUGUAAAUGUUUAUUUUUAACUUUUAUUAGUUUGUGGUUUUUUUUCUCUUUUCUACGAGGAUCUGGUGAAUAAAUAUUUGUAAUGCGUUAGUCACACAACGCGGGGUGUUGCUUGAGUACAAACCAUUGUGUUGUGACACGUCCGUAGUGUUAUUUUACUUUAACGGAACAUCACGUUUAUGCAACAAAGUGUUUUUUUUAUUAUUAUUAGUGUAGAACGCGUGUUUUACGUUCACCUGCCCAAAUAUAUGACAACAUAUUAACACUGGAUUGUGACUUUGAAUAAAAUUAUAUUUUUUAAA